AUGAGCUCCUACAUACCUCGCAGUGAAUGGCCAUACAGCCGACUGAGGCGACCUCUGCAAGCCGUUGCCGCACCUGCGGUCGGGUCAUACACCCCAAAGGACGGCGAGCAUGUGUUAAACUCCCCCUCUGAGCUUGCUCGCAAAAUAUCGGCCAAGGUUCUCCCUAAACUCCCAAGGCCCAAUGUGCAGAAGGUGGUCGUAGUGGGAAGUGGCGGUCUUAGUAUUGGUCAGGCUGGCGAAUUCGACUACUCUGGUUCCCAGGCGCUGAAGGCCCUUAGCGAAGAAGGGGUCGACGCAGUUCUUAUCAACCCCAACAUUGCGACAUGGCAGACUUCUCACCAAUUGGCCUCCGAGGUUUACUUCUUGCCAAUCACCGCAGACUAUGUCGCCUAUGUACUUGAGAAGGAACGCCCGGACGGUAUCCUACUUACCUUUGGUGGUCAAAGUGCUCUCAAUGUCGGCAUCGAACUGGACAAAAUGGGUGUUUUGGAACGGCUUGGUGUUCAGGUCCUUGGUACACCGAUUAAAACGCUGGAGGUUUCUGAGGACCGUGAUCUCUUCGUUCAGGCUUUGAAAGAAAUCGAUAUCCCGGUCGCUCAGUCCACGGCUGUCUCUUCCGUCAACGAUGCUCUCGCUGCUGCCGAAGUAAUUGGUUAUCCCGUCAUUCUGCGUUCGGCGUUCACACUUGGUGGUCUCGGCUCUGGCUUUGCAAAUGAUCCUGACGAGCUACGUGACUUGUCUGCCAAGAGUCUAAGUCUGAGCCCUCAAGUACUCAUCGAGCGCAGUAUGAAAGGCUGGAAGGAACUGGAAUACGAGGUUGUUCGUGAUGGUGCCGAUAACACAAUCAUUUGCUGCAAUAUGGAAAACUUCGAUCCCCUCGGAACACACACUGGUGACUCUAUUGUCGUGGCCCCAUCACAAACAUUACCAGAUGAAGAGUACCACAUGCUACGAAGUGCUGCUAUCAAGGUCAUCCGUCAUCUUGGUGUCGUCGGUGAAUGUAAUAUUCAGUACGCCCUCAAUCCCAACGCCAAGGAGUAUUGCGUGAUCGAAGUUAAUGCUCGUCUGAGUCGCUCCAGUGCGCUUGCUUCGAAAGCCACUGGAUAUCCUCUGGCUUACACCGCUGCAAAGAUCGCCCUCGGACACACCCUACCGGAAUUGCCUAACGCCGUCACGAAGACCACAACGGCAUGCUUUGAACCCUCGUUGGACUACAUUGUCACGAAGAUACCCAAAUGGGACCUUGCCAAAUUCUCUACGCAGGUGAAUCGCGAAGUUGGCUCCGCUAUGAAGAGCGUCGGCGAAGUUAUGGCAAUCGGUCGUACAUUCGAAGAAAGUCUGCAAAAGGCCAUCCGUCAAGUGGACCCGAGAUGGAAAGGUUUUGAAGCCUACGUGGAACCCGAGGACUUGGACAAGGCCCUCAGCAGGCCAACGGAUAUGAGGUUAUUCGCCAUCGCUUACGCCAUGUACAACAAGAAUUACUCAGUUGACCAGCUUCAUGACCUUACCAAGAUUGACAAGUGGUUCUUGUACAAAGUCGACAACAUCGUGCAGACACAUCAUGCUCUCAAGGCCGCUGGUUCUUUGGAAAGGAUCGAUCACGAGCUCAUGCAACGUGCGAAACGAAUGGGCUUCUCUGAUGGACAAAUUGCGGACCUAAUCCAGUCAACCGAGGAUGCUGUACGAGCAGCCCGCAAGUCUCUGAGCAUAACGCCCUUCGUCAAACGGAUCGAUACUCUUGCUGCUGAAUAUCCUGCUCACACUAAUUACCUUUACACUACGUACAAUGCAUCCGAACACGAUGUCACCUUCGACGAGCACGGUACUAUGGUUCUUGGUUCUGGCGUUUACCGCAUCGGCAGCAGUGUCGAGUUCGAUUGGUGCGCCGUAACAUGUGCAAGGAAACUUCGGGAUAUGGGCAAGCGCACCAUCAUGAUUAACUACAACCCCGAGACCGUAUCCACCGACUUCGAUGAGGCCGACAGACUCUAUUUCGAGGAACUAGGCUACGAGAGGGUCAUGGACAUCUACGAACUCGAACAAGCUCAAGGUGUUAUUGUUAGCAUGGGAGGACAACUACCACAAAACAUCGCUUUGAGAUUGAAAGACACCGGUGUCAACGUUCUGGGUACCGAUCCUCAUAAGAUUGACAGUGCUGAAGACCGUCACAAAUUCUCUGGCAUCCUUGACAGCAUCGGUGUUGACCAGCCCGAAUGGACCGAGGUAACAAGCCUCGAGGCUGCGAAGUCCUUCGCCAAUCGCGUUGGAUAUCCCGUCCUUAUUCGGCCGUCAUAUGUACUCUCCGGCGCUGCAAUGAAUGUUGUUCGCGAGGAAGCCGCGCUGGAGUAUAGGCUCUCGGCCGCCGCCGACGUUUCUCCUCUUCACCCCGUUGUCAUCACCAAAUUUAUUGACAACGCGCAAGAGAUCGACGUCGAUGCUGUUGCUUAUCGGGGCAAGCUCCUUGUCCAUGCGGUAUCCGAACACGUCGAAAAUGCAGGUGUACACUCUGGUGACGCCACACUGGUUCUGCCUCCAUUCUCUCUCACGGAAACCGAUAUGCAGCGACUGAAGACUAUCGCCGAAAAGGUCGCGGCUGCUUUUGAAAUCUCUGGCCCUUUCAACAUGCAAGUAAUCAAGAAGCCCUCUGAUGUUGAGGGUGAAGAGGCUCCCCUCAAAGUCAUCGAAUGCAAUCUCCGUGCAUCCAGGUCGUUCCCCUUCGUUUCCAAGGUUCUCGGACAUAACUUCAUUGACGCUGCAACGGCCGCUAUUGUGGGCCAGGAUGUACCCGAGCCCGUGGAUCUCAUGAACCAGAAGAGAGAUUAUGUUGCUGUCAAGGUCUCCCAGUUCUCCUGGACUCGUUUAGGAGGCGCUGACCCCUUCUUGGGCGUCGAAAUGUCAAGCACCGGAGAAGUGGCUAGCUUUGGAAAAGACAUUCACGAAGCCUACUGGACCUCAUUGCUCAGCACUACCGGUUUCAAAGUUCCGCGAGCAAACUCUGGUGUCCUCAUUGGUGGUGACAUCACGCAACCUGAAAUGAGGACCGUUUCGAAGACUUUGAUUGACCUCGGAUUCAAGCUUUAUUGCUCCUCGCCCGUCGUCGAGGAGUUCUUGAACGAUAUCCCAUAUGUAUAUGCCAAACGGAUAUUCUUCCCUACCAAGGACAAGCGACUCUUGCGCGAGGUCUUUGAUGAGUACGAUAUUCAAUGCGUCAUCAAUCUCGCGCGAACUCGCGCAGAGAGCUUUACCGAUGAGGAUUACGUCGCCCGACGAAACGCCGUUGACUUUGGCUUACCACUCCUUAACAAUGCUCGAAAUGCCCAACUCUGGGUUGAGAGUCUCGCUAAAAAGAUUCCUCAAGGAGGACUCAGACCAUACACGGAAGGAAGGAUCCCUCCUGAGGUCGCUUCAUGGAGGGAGUUCGUUGGGCGCCGGGCGUAA